UCUUUCCUGUCAUCUACUGUCUAAUUUCAACACCCUUUCUCAGUUCAACAGUCAGAACACAUCCGCCGUUGGAGAGAAACUGCCGUGAGGGAGCCUGAAAAUGUAUUGGCAACUGGCCUUACUUCUGCAGAUUCUACUGUUGUCUAGAGGUGUCCACCCCAGGGAGGAAUGUCCCAAAACAAUUGUGAACUCAUGUAGUGACUGCAUUCGAGCCGGACCCUUCUGCAUGUGGUGUAAUCAACUGAACUUCACCAAGAAGGGCGAACUGAACGCAGCACGCUGUGACACCGAGGCCCUGCUGAUGGAGAAGGGCUGUGACCGCAGCUACAUCAUCUCUCCUAAAAGCUCCCACUUCCUGGAGAGGAACGAUCCCCUGUUUAAGGGCUCUCCCCAAAAGGAUCCCAUCCAGAUCCGCCCACAGGAAGUCAAGCUGCUGCUCAGGCCUGGUAAGCCACACACCCUCCCGUUCAGGUUUAAACGGGCUGAAGACUAUCCUGUGGAUUUGUACUACUUGAUGGACCUUUCCUACUCCAUGAAAGAUGACUUGGAAAAUGUGAAGAAUCUCGGAGAGAAUCUACUGGAAACUCUGGGGAAAAUUACAUCUCGAGCUCGCAUAGGCUUUGGCGCGUUUGUUGAUAAGACUGUUCUCCCCUUCACGAACAUCAACAAAAAAAAGCUGAAGAAACCGUGCCCGGAGGAAGAGCAGUACUGCCUGCCAGCUUUUGGCUAUCGGCAUGUGCUCAGCAUGACAGAAAACAAGGAUGUUUUUAAGCAGACAGUGUCUUCCCUGAACAUUUCGGGGAACCUGGACACUCCGGAGGGCAGCCUGGACGCCAUCAUGCAAGCUGCAGUCUGUGAGGAUAAAAUCGGCUGGGGAAACAGCACUCGCCUCCUGGUCCUGACCACCGACGCUGGCUUCCACAUGGCAGGGGAUGGAAAGCUUGGCUCAAUUUUUUUCCCCAAUGACUGCAAAUGUCAUAUGGGUAAAGAUAUGACGUACAGCAAAAGCGAUGAAUUGGACUACCCUUCUGUGGGACAAGUGGCACGGAAGUUAUCUGAGAACAACAUCCAAACAAUCUUUGCAGUGACCGAGAAGGUUGAAGAAAUUUACAUGAACUUGACAAAGAUUAUUCCCAGAUCUGAAGUUGGCACGCUCUCUGGGGACUCAAAGAAUGUUGUAGGUCUUAUUGAGGAAGCAUACAAGAGUCUCUCCUCCAAAGUGACUGUGACUCACGAGGACCUGCCUGACCACAUCACAGCCACGUACACGUCAGACUGCUCCAACGGAGCCCAGCCAAGCACCGAAGGGACCUGCGACAAUGUGGGAGUCGAUAAGGAGGUUGAGUUCAAAGUGACACUGAUGGCAAAGGAAUGCUUUGGAACAAAGUCCUUUUACAUCGUAGCUCCGGGCUUCCAAGAGAGAAUGAAAGUUACCGUGACGACGCAAUGCGAGUGCGAUUGUGGCAACACUCUGAUAAACCACGAGUACUGCAACAGCCACGGCAACACCACCUGCGCAAUAUGCAGUUGUGAGGGUGGCUAUGCAGGCCAGAAGUGCGAGUGCAAGCUGGGAGACAAAGCUGAGAGCGAGCUGAAGAUGGCGUGUCAGCGGGAUAACGGCACUGAGUGCUCGGGGCUGGGAGACUGUGUGUGUGGGGAAUGUCAGUGCCAUACCAGUGAGGACGGCAAGACCAUCUACGGCACGCACUGCGAAUGUGACGACAGGAGCUGUGCGGUGUACCAGAACAAGCUGUGUGGAGGUAAUGGACAGUGUGAUUGCGGCACUUGCAAAUGCAACCCGGAUUUUGAAGGAAGCACGUGUCAGUGCAAGAAAUCUACAGAAGCCUGUCGGAUGGCCAAGGACAGGAGUGUGUGCAGUGGCAGGGGGAAGUGUGAGUGUAACAGGUGUCAGUGUCAGGAGGGAUACAAGCCACCAUUCUGUGAAGAGUGCCCUGGCUGCUCCUCCCCUUGCCCGAACUUAACGAGUUGCAUUGAGUGUCUGCGUUUUGCGACCGGCGUGUACAGUAAGAACUGCACUGAGUCCUGUCCGCACAUCGAGUACUAUCAGACUGCAACUGAGGAAGCUCCUAAGGGAGGGACUCUUGAGUCUUCUGGGUGGUCUUGCAAAGAAAGGGACACAAAUAACUGCUGGAUGACCUUCACCAUAAAACAGCUGGAUGGUUUUAACAAAUACAAGGCCUGGAUACGUUCAGAAAGAGAAUGCCCUGAGCCCCCAGCGAUUGGCCCCAUCAUAGGCGGGGUGUUUGCCGGCGUGGCCCUGAUUGGAAUCAUCCUGCUUUUAAUUAUUAUCGGCAUAAUCCGUGCCCAGGAGAGGAGGGAAUGGAAAAACUUUGAACAAUCCAGGAAGGCAGAGGAAUGGAGACCGAAUAAUGAAAUAUUCAAGACUGCAACCACAACAGUGAAGAACCCUCUACAUGAAGGAGAUUGAUCAUAUAGUAAAGGGCAUUGAGUAGGGCACUGAAUUAUACUACUGAAACAUGCACUGGGAAGUCCAGUCAGACAGCACUGGCAGAAGGUUUAUAAAAAUAUGAUAUAUUGACUCACAUGUACUGUAUAUUGCUACGUUUUUUGUGUAAGAUAUUUUAAAUGUCUGCCAUUCAAAUCAUGAAGCAGCAUGUAAAACGCUUUAUCUUAACAGUUGAUAAUAAAUGAAAUUGUGCUGUA